CCUCAAUGUUAUCUCUGAUCAGUACUUAAUUUGCAUUCCAAAUGCACCAGUAUUCAUAAAUCUGUUUUAAAAUAAUUAUUGCAAUUUUAAAGUCAUUAACCUUUUGUUGCAUUAUGUGGAUAACUUCACGUCUCAAAAGCUGUUUGUUUGUGUUUAACCUUUGUAUUUGUUUGAAUAUUUUGCGACAAUGAUUCAGUAAAACUUGAAGUUGUGUGACAUGUAUAAUACUGCCGGCUUAAUCCCAGCACGAUUUUUAAUUUUGAUAGCACAUUUUACAAUUUGCGUUACUUUACUAUGGAACAGCAGGGAGAGCGUGAAGUCCUGUUUGCCGGAAAUGAUAACAGACCAAGCAUACAACAGUCACCAUACACAGAACUUUCUGUAAAAAGGCCAGGAUGGACAAAAAUUUUGGUAUUAGCUGGUGCUUCGACUACUUUAGGUUGUUCUCUUUGUGUAGGAUUUCAUAUAGGAGUGGUAAAUACCCCAGCUGAUAUCAUAAAAUCCUUCUGCAAUGAAAGCAUUCAUGAAAGAUACAAUCAAAUUUUAAGUGUAGGUUCUUUAAACCUAUUGUGGUCUUCCAUUGUUUCUAUAUUCUUAGUGGGGGGCGCCGUAGGCUCCCUGGGGGGGUCGCUAUUGGCCGAUAAAGUCGGCCGCAAAGGUGCCUUAAACCUAAGCUCCGUAUUAGCCGUAAUAGGGGGUUUAUUAUUUUUGAUUAGCAAAACUGCCAACUCGGUCGAAAGUAUCAUUUUGGGAAGAUUACUUGUUGGACUGUCUUCGGGCUUAAUUACUAGUGUUAUGCCAAUGUACUUGACUGAAUUAGCUCCCUUACAUUUAAGGGGCGCUACUGGCGUUUUAUGUCCUUUAGGCGUCACUUGUGGGGUGCUGGUGGGACAAGUUAUGUCCAUGUACAAAAUAUUGGGAAACGAAAGUUCAUGGCCCAAUUUAUUGGGAUUCUACUUAAUACCUUUACUAUGCUCUACUGCCUUACCAUUUCUUCCAGAAAGUCCCAAGUACAUUUUCGUUAUAAAGAAACAACAUCAACAAGCUUUAUUAGAAUUAUGUAAAAUAAGAAACGCAAAAGAAGAAUCUCUAGAAGACGAAAUAAGAGAACUCAGAUUGGAAGAUCAAGACAAUGCCGAAGUAGGGGAUACAUGGACAAUAGGAAAAGUUUUAAAAAGCAAAACGUUGUUAUUGCCUUUGCUUUUAACUGUUACAUUACAAGCUGGCCAACAGUUUAGCGGAAUAAACGCUGUUUUCUAUUAUUCUUCGACAAUUUUCGCGCACGCAGGCCUUAGCAGAGAAAGCAGCGAAUUGGCUACUAUAGGAGCAGGAUGCUGUAAUUUAUUUAUGGCUAUUCUUUCAAUAUUUUCCAUGUCAACUUUUAAUAGAAGAUUCUUAUUGCAAAUAAGUCUUACAUCCACUGCCUUCUUCUUGGUGCUAUUGGGAUAUGCAAUUAGUUAUAUAGAUUCCUAUCAUUGGAUGCCUUACAUUAGUAUAUUAGGAGUGUUGGGUUUUGUGGUAUGUUACGGGAUUGCGUUGGGCCCCAUCCCAUACUUUGUCGGCUCGGAAUUGUUCGAAGUUGGACCACGACCUGCCGCGAUGGCCUUGGGAAGCAUGGCCAACUGGGGAGGCAACUUUUUCGUCGGUCUGUUAUUUCCUACAAUGCAGGCGGAAAUUGGAGCCGCUUCUUUCUUUAUUUUUGCCACGAUUGUCGUCCUUAUUUUUGCUUUCACCAGAUGGUAUCUACCCGAAACAAGAGGCAGAGAUCCGUCGGAAAUCGCGCACAUGUGCAAAGAUGGUUUUUCCUCAAAACCGUUGGGUUCACCCCUAAGUUCUUCAGGCACUGAGGAAACCUUUGAAAUCAACGAUGUCAAAACUUCCGCUUAAAUCUAAAAAAUGAUCUGACAAUUCGAAAUAUUGAGAUUUUUCAAUAUAUUUAAUAUAGGUACAUUAUAUUAGAGAAAUAAUUGUUAAGGAAUUUUUAAAAUUAAAAUAUUUU